CGGUCCCCGGGCAGCCUUUCCCCGGGCCGGCACCGGCUGCCCCGGCGCGCCCUGAGGCGAAGGCCGCGGUGUAGCGGCCCGUCCUGCCCGCCUGGGGAGGCCCGGGAGGACAGCCCGGGAGCGGAGCCCCGGCGGUCCCGGAGAGGGCAGUCGGGCUCUGCAGCAGCCAAGGUGCCGGGCCGUGGUCACGCCGGGAAGGCAGGCCACGGCUGGCAGGAUGAGGCCCAGCACAGGCUACCGGGACUGUCCUGGGCUGUUAUAUCGGCUCCUGAGGCCAAGGUGUAGGGGGGUCCCAGGUGUGGCUGAUCGGCACCAUUAGGAGCUGUCAGCGCUCUCAGGGCCCUGACAGGAGCUUCCGACCUUGCAGAGGGAUGGGCUCAGAAGACACUUUGGUUUGAUUUAAUUGCUGUAGUGUCUCAGGAGGCUAUUUAAGGGAGCGAAGACUAGAGACAAAUUACACGGAAGAGGAUAGUCAGGCUGGCCUAGGGGUCAGAAGGGCGUGGAAGAAAAGGGGAGGUAUUAAGACCACUCCUGGGAGAUCUUCAGGGGCUGGAUAGUACUGGGAGGGGGAGCACAGGAGCCUGAGGCUGAUUAAGGGUUAGAGGCAGGUCAGCAAUCACCCGGCGGAUCGGCAAGGAUGAGAUGGUUUUGAGGUCAAGCAGGUGCCUGACAGGUUGUGGACCUGUAUCCCAUGGCCCUGAGGGGUGCUCAGGAGGGGGACAGCAGUGACCUGCGCUGUGGCUUGUAGCCAGCUGCUCUCUCAAAGGUGCCGACUGGUGGUGUGAAAGAGAAGCACCAAGAGCUCCAGGCCGUUAACAAGAUCCCUGGGACCUGCUCCGAGCACGUGGCUCUCCAGGAACAUCGAUUGCGAGCGCUCUGUUUUGGGCAUGUUCUCAGAGCUGAAGUUCUCUGUGCCCUGGGGCCACGUGGCAGCCAAGGCCUGGGGCCCCUCAGACGGACGCCCUGUGCUGUGCUUGCACGGCUGGCUGGACAACGCCAACACCUUUGACAAGCUCAUUCCGCUGCUUCCCAGAGAUUGCUAUUAUGUGGCAAUGGAUUUUUCUGGCCAUGGCUUGUCAUCCCACCGACCCGCUGGCUCCGCCUACUACUCUCUGGAUUACGUGAUGGAUGUGCGCCGGGUGGCAGCAGCUUUGCAGUGGAGACGGUUCACCCUGAUGGGUCACAGUAUGGGUGGGUCUGUGGCAGGAAUGUUUUGUUUCCUUUAUCCUGAGAUGGUGGACAAGUUGAUCCUGCUGGAAAGUCUUGGCUUUCUGCCAGCUCCAGAGGACACUGAGGCAUGGCUGAAAUCCAAACGGGUGGUGAUUGACAGAUUACUGAGCCUAGAGGCAAAGCAGCAAACCCCCAAAGCACGGAGUCCCCAGGAAGCAUUGCAGAGGCUCUUAGAAGCAAACAGACAUCUGACAGCGGAGGGAGGGGCGAUCCUCCUGCAGCGAGGAGCGACUGAGACACCCGCUGGGCUGGUGUACAACAGAGACAUGAGAGUCCGCACGCAAAAUCGAGAGUCCUUGACGGUGGAGCAGUGUGUGAAGCUCCUGCAGAAGGUCCAGGACCGUGUUCUCAUCAUUGUAGCACGAGAGGGACUCCUGGUACCACAGAAGCUGGACAGCAGAAGCCACUUUGCCAAAGCCCUACAGGAGGAGUUUGAGUCCACCCUCAAAGAGCACAUCCAGCUAGUAGAGGUGCCUGGGAGUCACUUUGUGCACCUGAACGAGCCUGAGGUGGUGUCUGGGAUCAUCAGCAACUUCCUGAUGGCACAGAACGCCAGAGCCAGGCUCUAGGAAGCCCUCGCUGCUGCAGCAGUCCAGGAGAACACAGAGCUAUAAAAGCAGUCUCUGGAGGAACCAGCACCAUUCCUACCUGGCAUCCAACAUCAGUUUCACGAUACCUUUUCCUAAACUUAGCUCACUGCAGGGUGGGAGCAGGUCUGCUAGGGCUUCCCUGGAGGAGAGUUGAGCAAAUUAUCUCAGUGGUCAAAGGGAAGAGUCCUUCCUCCCCUUCCAGCUCUGUGAGUACAGGGAGAGAGGCCCAGAGUCGCCUUCCUUUUGCUUGCUGCCAUCUUGCAUCCUUAAGUGGAGCAGGAAUACAGGCAGAGGCAUCCUCUAGGGGACCAGCAGCACCAGUGGCUCAUCUCAUCUCUUCCUUGAAGGCAGUCUGACCAGUCUCCUCCCAGGAUCAGACCUGAAAAAACAGGAAGUGUUCUGCUUCUCCACUUGCUUCCACGGGUGCCAGAGCACAGAGAAUCACAGAAUGGUAUGGGUUGGAAGGGACCUCUAGAGAUCGCACAACCCCCUGCUAAAGGAGGUUCCCCUCGGUCAGGUCACACAGGAACGUGGCCAAAGGGUCUCAGCAUCUCUGUUCUACUGUGAGAGCUGCUGCUUUUUAAAAGCCUUAAAGAAGAGUUCACCUGGGCCCAGGAGGCCAUUUUCAUGAAUUCCCAGGGAAUGAGUCACUAAUCCUCUAGCUGAAGCGGCUGGGACAACUACUACUAAUGGGCAAGUUGGCAGAGAUGAUUUCUGUCCUUCUAAA